AUGGCAUCGGGAAAUUUACAAUCGUUUAUUGUGGCAAUUGAAAAAGCUGAAACAUGUCCUGCACAGAUAAAACUAAUCGAAAAGCAUGCUGAUUUAAUUAAGCGCAAUGCUUCUAAUAUGGAUGGUGUUCUUGAACGAUUUGGCGUCCAAAAGUGGACAUGCCUUCACGCUGCUGUUAUUCGAGCUAAACUUUCUCUGACAACUCAGGUAGACUCAGAGCUCCUCAUAUCCCAAACCCGAAGUCUGUUUCUCCAUUGCAAUGUUGAACAUCUCCGAGAGAUAAAGCCAGUUGUGUGCUCUAUCUGUCGCGAAUUUACUCUCUACCUCACGUCUCGUUCCAUGGCUAUACGCGGAAUACCGAUCCUUCUCAUGGCUAUUGAGAAAGUUCGGAAUUCACCAGAGCAGUUGACGUCUAUCCAUGCCGAUCUUGCGCUUUCGGCCAAAUGUUUUAAGCCCGUUAUUCCUCUUCUUGAUACUGAUAUCCUCGACUCGGAAUGUGACAAAAACGCAUUCGGUUUACAAGAUGCCCUUUUGUACUUCUACUAUGGGGGCAUGAUCUAUGGUGCACUCCGGAAGUGGGAUCGAUCGCUGCACUUUUUCAACAUGUACCCUCCUGAUGGAGUAUAUCUCGAGUCCCUUCACUCCCUCAUGCCUACUCGUCAGGGUACCUUUGACAAGUAUAGGUCCCUCUCCAGUGCCUUCUCGUCCACAGAUCCUGCUACCCUGGCUAGAGUUAUUGAAACUGAAGCGGAUACAUUCAAGGCGGACAAAAAUUUCGGCCUUGUAAAGCAGCUGCUUGACCGGCACAUCAAGUGUCGUAUCCAAAAUCUGACCAAGGUAGGCUUUAUGCAUCAUCUUCUCAUCCUUCAUUCUCAUUCGCCCCCUUUUAAAUUCUUAUACUUUUGGUUUCUGGGAUUUCUGUCAGCCGAUCCUGUCCAUCUGACAGGCUAG